AUGUCACCACGCACGUCGCCCGCACGUUCUUUUGGUGCCGUUGCCACUGGAAUGGUAUUUGUAGACCCAGAAACCAAUGUAAUUGGAUGCAGAUUACGGAGGCCGAUUCAAGUCAUGCCCCUCCGCAACUUGUGGGGUGUUGCAGUGGGCGCCCAACACGCGCAACAACAACAAUGCCAGUAGGGCUGAGAACUACCAAAUUGCCCUGCCCUGGACUAGGACCCCGGAAAGCGAAAGCGAUGCAUCUGCGGAUAGCCAUUGCAUGGGCGAGCUGGAGCGCGCAGGUGACUGGCUCUUUCGUCUGAAUCCUGGGCCUCAUCCUGGUCCCCACCUUCCAUCGCCAAAGCGACGGGAAGCCAUGGAAAAACAUCGUGUCCAUUUCGCAUCUGCUCUUCUCUCUUGGACCCCAAAGCCAAUUGCAGCUCCUAGCUCGUACAGUACUCGGUACCUCCAGAUACUGGUAAGGCUAGAACCAAGGCAUGUCUGGCAGUAUUUGAGGCUCCAAAGGUCGUCACCCCACAGUGCUCCGUACUGGUCAGAAAGCGAGGGACUUGGAAGAACCGGUGUGGUAUUCUGUUCGUGAUGGCCGGGUGGUGGGGCAAAAUAGAACACCUGUAUAAUCUUCCAAGGGGUCAAGCUGGAUCAUGAUGCAGCUGCAUGCGGUGAACCAGAGCACAAUAGCCGUGAGCCUCGUGCCUCGAGUAAUGUCCGUGGCGCUCGAGGCUAUCGUGAAAAACGAGCCCCACGGCAUUACAAGACAAGUAACCUCUACGCGAGCAGGGCCAGUGGACGGUGAGGGACUCCUCGAGUAGAAUCCACCGAACAAGAAAACCGGCGGUCGCUUCUCUUACAGUUUCUGUACGGAGUAUGAGAGCAUGAGCAUGAGCAUGAGAAGACGAAGAUAGCCGAGCCUCCAUCUUGUCUUUUCUGACGAGAGCCCGAGUGCGAGGCCAUGACUACCACUCGUGGGUAUCAAAAUCGGAUAUGUCUAAAUGACAAGCCGAAAUGGAGUACCAUGCCAUAAUACCAAAUAAAGCUGAUUCAUCGCCAGUGCCCUCGUAGGCGAGACGGGAACGGGUCAUCAUCGUCUUGGUCGUGAAAAGCACCGGUCAAACUCGGCGAAUAUUGGAAGUUCAAUCAAAGGAGGAAGUUAAGGGACGGCACUUGCAAUAAUCAUCAACCCACAAUAAUGCAAGAAAAGCCGAGCAAGAAUCAAACAAUGCCUGGUGAUCCAUAAUCCAUGAUUGUUAUUGCUUGACGUUCCGGCCCUACGGCAGGGCUUUACGGCGUUCCAGACGGAAGAGGAGCUUGAGCCUCGGAGGGGUCCUGUUAAGGUUCUGUUGUCUGCAUUAGCUUUACUGUAAAUUUGAUUACAGUAGGGCACCAAGCCCGUUGAUCGUACGGGGUACUCAGAAGUAUUGUAUCCGGCCCCGGUAUCCGCAAGGACGAAAGGACAUCGUCUCCGUCUCGCCUAGGGAAAGGAGGGAAAGGGAGAGGAGGGAAGGGCAAUUUUUGCCCUUUUGCUUUGGCCUCCGGACAGUAGUCAAGUCAUCGUGAGUCGAGUCGUGUGAGAUAACGGAAUUAUUGGAGGUUAGCUGUUUCCGAAGGAAAUAAAAAG